UUUCGGUCAACUUCCUGUGUGCGCUUUACUUCCGGUCUAAUUUUCCCCAACCGGUGUGGUGUGCAACUUAAGAAAUUUCGAGAUUUUAACUGAAACCGUUGAUUUGAAAAGUAGACCAAGAUGGCAGACGUGAAAAAAUUGGUGUUUGCCAUAAUGAGGUUCAUGGAGGACCAGAAGGUAACUGGGGAUUUGGAUGAAGAUUCCUUGGAGAGUCUCGAGGUUGGACUACAGUGCUUAUCCAAUGCAUAUGGUCUGGAUAUGACCGACCCUAGUCAGAUUGCUAAAUACCAGGUACAGAGGAACCUUCUGGAUAUAUUCAACGCACAAAUUAGUUUAGAGCCUGAUUCUGAUUUUUCAACAUUAUCCUUACAUGAGCCUACAGAAGAAGAGAAACUACAAGCAGAGGAAAAGAAAGCAAAAGGAAAUGAGUUUAUGAAAACUGAGAAGUAUUCAGAUGCAGUCGAGUACUACACACAAGCUAUUAAGCUUGACAACAAAAAUCCAGUCUACUAUUGUAACAGAGCAGCAGCAUACAGUAAAAUAAACAAACACGACCUAACCAUAGAGGACUGUCAAAGAGCCCUAUCUAUAGAUCCAUGCUACAGUAAAGCUUAUGGAAGAAUGGGAAUUGCAUACACAGCUAUAGAUGACCAUGAAAGUGCCCUUGAAUGCUACAGAAAGGCUCUUGAUCUUGAUCCUGGCAACCAGACUCAUCAGAAUAAUCUGGAAAUAUCUGAACAGAAACUAAAGGAAAGGGCAACACAGACUGGUUUUAACCUGGGAGCAGCAGGUAUGCAAGGAAUGCCAGGACUACCUGGAAUGGACCUCGCUGCAAUGUUUAACAACCCUGCUAUGAUGAAUAUGGCUAGGACAUUCAUGCAGGAUCCAGGACUACAACAAAUGAUGACCAAUAUGAUGUCUGGGGCCCAGGCAGGAGGUAACGAAGGUGGCUUAGGACUCCUACAAGUAGGACAGCAGCUAGCUGCACAGGUACAGGAAAGUCAUCCUGACUUAGUGGCACAACUCAGGGAACAGAUGGGAAGGCCUAAUGAAGAUAACCCAAAUGAUCCAGGCCAGGGAGGAAACCCACCACCCCCAGAACCUCCUGCCCAGUAAUACAAACUGACACUGCUUGGGCCCAUCUCAUCCUUUCUAGGCAUUAUUUCCUGUAUCAAAAGAUGUCGCAUUACUUCAACAUCAGAUUGGAAGAAAUGUCACAUGGUUUGAAUAUAAGUUACGUGACAUAUAUGUGAGUUAUGACUUAAGCAGGAGUUAAACGACUAAGAGUAUACAACUAAGAAUUAAAAAAUUCCAUCAUAAACGACUACGAUAGGAGUCACAAUGUCAGUCAUGUGACACACCGGGCCAGUCACAUGACCAAUCAUGACUACAGUGUGCAAGUUUUUGUUGUGUUUGCGUACCUGUUUACUGGAGCGUGGCAGAUCCUCUGAUGUGAUACCUGUCCAACAAAGACAGGAAUAUAUGUCCAUAACAUUAUUUCCGCAGGGUUUUCAUCCUUCACCUUCAACUUGACCUGUGAUUUAGACAGAAGUCUACAAAGUGCUGUGUGUACGAUUCUUAACCUGUGUCAUCUAAUAUUUACUGGGUAUUGUUGAGUGAAUGUUGACAGGUUAAGAGUUAAUUCUGACAUAUUUUUAAUGUUAUACAACUAUUAUUUAAAGAUUUCAGUUAAUAAAUCGGUGGACCAAUCCAGAAUCUCUUCAGAAGUUUAUAUAGAAGUUGGUGCCAUUUGAAGUAACAGUUUGCCUUUAUUCCUCCAUCUACUCAUUACUAGGUAAUUCUAAGUACACUGUAUUUCCAGAAAAUCUGACUGUCCUCCAUGUACAUGUUCUUGCUUUGAUAAAGUUUUGUGUGAUUGUAAUAUAACUGUAUACAUUAGCAAACCACAUUGUAUUGUGACCUAUUGUUUUGUGUAAAUAUUACAUUUUCAUGAUGUGGUCGUCCACAACUUUUAAAGCAUUUUUUCCUGUUCCUGGAUUGGUUCACUGAUCAUUUCUAAUAUGUAAAUUGAAUAUCAGCCAUUCAUUGAACUGCCUAUACCUUAAAACAUUUAAUAUCUUAAACAUGUCCAUGUCCUUUAUGUAUAUUUGUUAAUUAUCAAGUUAUGAGAUAUGUUUUAGAUGAAAUAAAGUAAAGAGUAAACAUGUAUAUGUGUGGGAGAUAAUUGUUUGUAAUGGGAAGCUGGGGAUAGCAACACCUUACUGAGGCUUGUGAAACAUCCUGACAUUCUUGCCAUUGUACUGCAACAAGAGAAUCAGCAUUUUUAAUGGUGCUACAAUGUAGGAAUAUUAGUGUACCCGAGGGCCAUCAGGCAAGACUGUUUUGUGUACCCUGAGGGCCAUCAGGCUAGAUAGCUUUGUGUACCCCGCGAGCCAUCAGACUCGAUAGCUUUGUGUACCCUGAGGGCCAUCAGGCUAGAUAGCUUUGUGUACCCGAGAGCCAUCAGGCUAGAUAGCUUUGUGUACCCAGAGAACCAUCAGACUUGAUAGCUUUGUGUACCCCGAGAGCCAUCAAGCUAGAUAGCUUUGUGUACCCUGAGAGCCAUCAGGCUAGAUAGCUUUGUGUACCCCGAGGGCCAUCAGGCUAGAUAGCUUUUUGUACCCUGAGGGCCAUCAGGCUAGAAAGCUUUGUGUACCCCGAGAGCAAUCAGACUAGAUAGCUUUGUGUACCCUGAGGGCCAUCAGGCUAGAUAGCUUUGUGUACCCGAGAGCCAUCAGGCUAGAUAGCUUUGUGUACCCUGAGGGCCAUCAGGCCAGAUAGCUUUGUGUACCCGAUAGCCAUCAGACUCGAUACCAUUGUGUACCCCGAGGUCCAUCAGGCUAGAUAGCUUUGUGUACCCCGAGGUCCACCAUGCCAGAUAGCUUUGUGUACCCGAGAGCCAUCAGGCUAGAUAACUUUGUGUACCCUGAGGGCCCUCAGGCAAGAAAGCUUUGUGUACCCUGAGGGCCAUCAGGCUAGAUAGCUUUGUGUACCCCGCGAGCCAUCAGACUCGAUAGCAUUGUGUACCCUGAGAGCCAUCAGGUUAGAUAGCUUUGUGUACCCCGAGAGCCAUCAGGCAAGAUAGCUUUGUGUACCCUGAGGGCCAUCAGGUUAGAUAGCUUUGUGUACCCUGAUGUCCAUCAGGCAAGAUAGCUUUGUGUACCCUAAGGUUCAUCAGGCUAGAUAGCUUUGUGUACCCCGAGGUCCACCAUGCAAGAUAGCUUUGUGUACCCCAAGAGCCAUCAGGCUAGAUAGCUUUGUACCCUGAGGUCUACCAUGCAAGAUAGCUUUGUGUACCCCGAGGGCCAUCAGGCUAGAUAGCUUUGUGUACCCCGAGAGCCAUCAGGCUAGAUAGCUUUGUGUACCCUGAGGGCCAUCAGGCAAGAAAGCUUUGUGUACCGUAAGGGCCAUCAGGCUAGAUAGCAUUGUGUACCCUGAGAGCCAUCAGGUUAGAUAGCUUUGUGUACCCCGAGAGCCAUCAGGCAAGAUAGCUUUGUGUUCCCUGAGAGCCAUCAGGCUAGAUAGCUUUGUGUACCCCGAGGUCCAUCGGGCAAGAUAGCUUUGUGUACCCUGAGGGCCAUCAGGUUAGAUAGCUUUGUGUACCCUGAUGUCCAUCAGGCAAGAUAGCUUUGUGUAACCUAAGGUUCAUCAGGCUAGAUAGCUUUGUGUACCCCGAGGUCCACCAUGCCAGAUAGCUUUGUGUACCCCGAGAGCCAUCAGGCUAGAUAGCUUUGUACCCUGAGGUCCACCAUGCAAGAUAGCUUUGUGUACCCCGAGGGCCAUCAGGCUAGACAGCUUUGUGUAUCCUGAGGUCCAUCAGGCUAGAUAGCUUUGUGUACCCUGAGAGCCAUCAGGCAAGAUAGCUUUGUGUUCCCUGAGAGCCAUCAGGCUAGAUAGCUUUGUGUACCCCGAGGUCCAUCGGGCAAGAUAGCUUUGUGUACCCCAAGGUCCAUCAGGCAAGAUAGCUUUAUGUAUUUCAAUGACUAUCAGAUUAGAUAACUGGUUGUGUAGCACUGUAGCUCAUAACCUAGACCAUUAGAGUCCACAAAUGGCCAAAAUACUAAGAGUUAUAAAUAUAUACUUAGAAAAAUAAUCAUUAAAAUUUACCCGGUUGUCUAAUUGUACUGGACCUGCUCACGACUGUUUGAUCUUCCAGAGUUACUUCCCUUAGUUUCACUCUGACCGAUGGAAAAGUGAUAAGCUGUUGUGGUUGAGAAUGUGCUAAAUGAUAGAAAAUGGAACACAACCAGCUUUUCUUAUAGAAUUAUUUCUCAGUGACAUUCAUAGUAUCAUGAAUAUUUCAAAUUUGUUAAAGUUGAAGUUUCGCACAUUGUAACCAUGUACGAAAUGUCACUUUGGGAACUUUGUUACCAUGGAACUGAUGCCAGUUUGAGAACUUUGUUAUCGUGGCGUCAUUAUCAUUUAAGAACUUUGUUACCAUGGAUACAGUGUCACUUAAAGAAUCCUGUUCCAUGGAUAAAGUGGCAUUGAGAACUUUGUUACAUGGAUAAAGUGGCAUUGAGAACUUUGUUACAUGGAUAAAGUGGCAUUGAGAACUUUGUUACCAUGGAUACUGAGAAUACCAAGGUUACAGUCUGACUUCAGUUUGACUUCUGAUUUAUUUUAAAUACUGUGUUAUCCUGCAAUAAAUUGCUUCGGGUGAUUUUUUUAGCAGAUUAUACUUCCAUUUUACCAGGGCUAGAACAGUGCUAUACUGUUUUGAUAUGAACCCUUAAUAAAUCUCCUAUAAAUUAAAGUAUAAAGAAUAGUUUGGUGAUUAUUGGUUUGUAAUUAUCAGGCAUGAUGACAAUUCAUUUACUAGUCAGGAUGUUUGAAGUCUUCAGUUCCUGAAUUCAUAACUUUUAUACAAGUGUAUUUUUUUGAUAAAAUCUGCAAACAAAUUAGCAUUAUGUGAUUCAAAAUCUUCAUCUACACAAAAGGUUUCAGAUAUUUAAAAAUGUUUAUCAUUUGAAACAUUUACUGUGUAUAGUUAUAUAAUAAAUGCUAUUUUUACAGUAAACAGGAAUCACUCCACAAAAUAUGAUGCACAAGAUAUUUUUAAAAUUUUGUGUUUUUUUUCUGCUGGCUUACUACAGUUUAUACCACAGUAUAAUAGUGCAGAGGAAAUUUUAAAAUAUUGGGAUUCAACGCUUUUUAAUUUAAAAACAUGAUAUAUCAGCUAGAAAAUUUUGAACAGCUGGGUCUUGUCAAAUUGUCUGCAUGAACAGGAGCUUGCCAAGCUUCAAUGAUUGUUUUUUUUUUUUUACCUCAUAAUCUGGCUGACUAGAUUCUAGUUUAUUACAAUGUAUCUACAAAUACACUAGAAAUUGCCACCAUAGAUAUUGUUAAAUAAUAUCACGAUACAAAAUGUAUUCAAAACUAAAUGUCAAUAUUUUUUUUUGUUUAAAGAAUUUUUCUUUCUUCCUGAAUAAAGCAUACAGAAGUUGCCUUUUAAAUUCUAUUUUAUCAUUGCGUUAGAAUAUAUGCAGGGAUAUCAUGUCAUAAAUUCUAUGUAUAUAACAAAUUGAAAAAUGCCUUUUGAAUGAUAGAUAUUUUUUCUUAAGAAUAUUUAUUUAUAAGUGACUGUAUAAAUUAUCAUAAAUGACUUUAAAUAUCAGCUUGUCUUUCAUUAAUUUUCAAAAGCGAGGAUUGGAUUUGAAGAUGCUACAUCAGCGACAGUAUACAUACCAUUUCUCACAAAAUGGCAUAAAAUGGUGCCCACAGUAUAGAUAUAUCUUAUUUACAAAUUAAAAAAAGAAUAUCAAGUAAAUAACGUUGUCCUAAUACUUUGUCUUGUAAGACAGAAAGACAUACAAAAUAUAGAGGCUGGGCAUGGUUAAUUUUUUUUCUGGAUGCAAUUAAUUAUUUAUUCAUUUUGAAUUUGAAAGAUAAAUUAGAAGUUCAAAAGAUUUGGAGGGGUAUUAGUGUACAGUAUUAAAUUUUGGUACUGUAUAAAAAUAAACAUUGGCCUUUUUGUGUUUUCAAUUGAUCAUAAUCAUUCUUUGUUGAAGAUGUAGCAUCUUUAAAUUGUUGGUGGUUGUGUUCAUACAUAGUAUUAUAAAUUACUUUGUAUUUCUAUUUAUAAACAUUAGUUUCUGGGAAAUGUUAUCUUUUAAAUAAAAAAAAAUUCUCAGAUUAAUUAUUAGUUUCAGUUGAAAAUUUGUGAGAUUUGUUUAUAACUAAACAUGGAACAGUACAGUGGAUCCGAAUACAAUGUAUAGAACAUAGAAUUUAGGAUGUUUAUCACUUCUAAGUUUUGUAAAUGUGGAAUAAUAGGCCUAUCUGUGUCAUUACAAGACUUCUGUCACUGAAAUGGGUUUUAAGUCCGAUUUUGCAUUCUAUAUACAUGUAUGUGUAUCUUCAUAAUCUGAAACACACUAAAAUUUUGUAUAGAAUCUAGAUAUACAUGUAAUAUAAAUAAAAAUCAAUAAUAUGAAAUACACAAGAUUUGUAUAUAUUCAAAUGUUCAUAAAUAGUACAUUGUAUAUACUAUACUGUAAUUUGUAUUAGUAAAACAAAAGAAAAAAAUACCAGACUUUUAUGCUGGUCUUGUUUUCUUUCUUCAGGAAAAGCAACUUUUGUUUUCAAGACAAAAUCUUUUUUUUUUCAAGUGUAAUAUAUGUAAUGGAAUGCACCUUGAGGAAUGGACCAUAUGUAGGGGUUAAUAUUCUUAUUCCAUUUUUUUGGUUAAUUCUUCGGGCUUAUUUGAUCCUUAUUUUGGUUAAUGCUUAUAUAAUUAGGGCUUAUUUUGGUUAAUACUUUUUGCUUAAAAAGGCUUAUUUUGCAAGUGCUGUAUAUUCAUUAUAAUUAAUCAUAAUUUAUAAUUAUGGUCUCGUUGCAAACGAGUAGGAUACCAGAGUCAUUUAGUUAAUUUUUUAAGAGAUUCCCCAACUAUAAUUGAUCUUUUGACCUCUCCAAUAUAAAUGUGUUAGAACUCUAUUUUGGUGUUUAGGGAUGUAAGGACAGGUUUUAUAAGUAAAUGUGAAGUGUGUAUGCAAGUGAAAGACCAAUUGAACAGUUCAUAAUUAGGAGUGUGUCCUUUAAUGGACUAUACUACUUCUAUGUAGUGCUAUGUGUAAGAUACCAACCCUUGUUAGGACCCUACCAUAGUCAUGACAACCAGUAUACAUGGUAAAAGUAAUACACCUGGCAUAUUGGUGGUUCUAGUCAAUGAAAAAAUCAAGUGCAGAACUUUAAAAUAUUUGUCCUAGAGAUUCUCAAACUAUCUUUCAUUGUAGAAGUGAUAUGAUUGCUUAUCUAGGCUCAUAUUUGCCAAAGGCAUUUUGUCAAAGUCAACCCUUGUGUAUACCAAAAUUAUGUUAUCUUUACGUUUUUGUUUUGAUUUUUUUUUUUUUUCGAACUUCAACAGGGAGUCAUUGAAAUUAUGAAUAUCCAUCGAAAAUUCAAAUACUCUAUUUUCCAGUAGCACUUGCAAGAACAAAAUUUUCACCAAAUCAAAGAAAGUGACCAUUUUCAUGAAAAUUAUACACAAUGUACACUAUGAAAUAAGAUUUCAAGUUGCCAAUGCAUUGUAGUAUGUUGACUUCGAAAACAUUAGUAAAGUACUGCUUAUAAUUAGUAAUAUCUGAUAAUUAGUUGUACAUUUGUGAAUAAAAUGUCAUUAACCUUUUUA